AUGGCCGAAGCAAACAGAAGUGAGCUUCUUGCCUCAUGGGGGAUUUCAACGCCUCUACCCAUUGCUCUUGUUGGCAUAUUCGCCCUUCUCUACUGGCUCUAUAUUCGGCAUUUCCCAAAGCCCAUUCCGGGCAACAUCCCUUACAAUAAAUUGUCGGCAAGUCGACUUCUGGGCGAUACACCAGACAUCCGAAGGUACCAGAAGACAGGGGAUUUCAGGCAUUUUUUCCGCGAUCAUAAUGCGAAGCUGAAUACCUCUAUUUCCCAAGUCUUCAUGUUCCCAUACCCCAAGCCGUUUGUGCUUAUCACAGAUUUUCGCGAAGGAUAUGACAUUUUGUCAAAGAGACACCGGGAAUUUGAUAGGAGCAAGAGAAAUGCAGACAUUUUCGAAACUAUUGGAUCGAACUUUCAUCUUGCCAUGCAGACACGGGAUCCACGAUUUAAGGGAAAUAAAGAGCUUAUAAGGGAUUUGAUGACACCAGCAUUCCUCAAUGAGGUUUCUGCUGUACACAUUUACGAUAUCGCCACCGUGCUGGUUGAUAUGUGGGCACAUAAAGCUGCUGAAGCUGCUGGACGCCCAUUUUCUGCAUACGAGGACAUUCAUUAUGUUGCUCUCGACAUUAUACUUGCGGCUGCUUUCGGUAUUCGUCUUGAGCAAUCAACAACUCAGAAGCAAUAUGAAUUCUUACAGCUUCAGCCGCCGAAAAUCAGAUCAGCAAACUCCAAAGAUGAUCCUGUCACCUACAGCCGUAUUCCUAUACCCGAAUCCCGCAUGGCUCUGAUUAAGGUGACGGGAGAUUUUGCUCAGAAAGAGGCAUUUAUUACAGAUGAAAUCAACAAAGGUGUUGAGAGGCUGACGUCGGAGAACAUGCAAGAGAAUCGCAUGCGAUGUGCGAUGGACAUGAUGCUCCUCAGGGAAUUUGGCUACGCGAAGAAGGAAGGGAGAAAGCCAAACAUCAACGCGCCUAGGAUGAGAGAUGAGUUAUUCGGUUAUGUUGCUACUGGACAUGACACCUCGUCCACAACGCUCUCGUGGAUCACGAAAUUCUUGGCCGAUAAUGAGAGUUCCCAAGCCAAGCUCCGUCGUCAAUUACGCAGCGCCUUUGCAGAAGCUCAUGCCGAAAAACGUCAGCCAACUGUGAUGGAGAUUAUUGAAAAACCAGCACCUUUCUUCGACGCCUUCCUAGAGGAAUGUUUGCGGAUGACCAAAACUAUCCCCACCAUUUUACGUGAAGCUCUGACCGACGUCACAAUAUUAGGCCAUCCAGUUCCCAAAGGCACCGGAAUUAUGAUUUAUAACCACGGGCCCGGAGGACAAUUACAAUCUGGAUUUAACAUUCCUGAGACUGUCAGGUCGGAUACGUCACAAAGCUCAAAGGACCGUGUGGGCGAAUGGAAUGCCGACGAUAUUAGUCGCUUCCGUCCGGAACGGUGGCUACAGCGAACAAUAGGAGCGGAAGCCGGCGGCGGGGAUGACGCAGAAUUCGAAGGCAUCGAAUAUAACGUCAACGCUGGGCCUUUUCUAACAUUUGGUGGUGGACCUCGAGGUUGUUUUGGAAAGAAAUUAGCCUACAUGGAACUGCGAAUCGUGUUGGCCAUGCUGGUAUGGAAUUUCGAAUUCCAGCCUUGCCCUGCGGAACUCAGUUCGUAUGAAGGCAUUGACACGGCAACUGUUGUGCCAAAACAAUGCUACGUGAGAUUGAAGCAACUGUUGUAG